UUGAAUGUUGGCUGUCUUCCUACAGGUGCCAGUUCGGUAGCCGUGAACAAUUAUGCCAGUCUUUCAAAGAAAACCCAAGAAUUUCCUAGCCAGCUGGAUGACCUGUCAUCAACCAUGCUGAAGAAGGAUUACAAAGACCUGGAGAUAAUGAAUACGACCAAUGAUGUGGUUCGAAAGCUGCUCUCACUGGAAAUGGCAUCUCAUAAAGAGAAGCUGAAACUGAAAACAAGCCAGCUGAUGGAGAAGGUGCAGAGGAGUCCCAGUGACGUUGGCUCUACAGAAGUCCAAAUUGCCAUCUUAACAGCAAAAAUUCGGAAUUACCAAGAGCACCUGCAGGUACACAGGAAGGAUAAGACCAACAAACGCUACAUGUUAAUGGCAAUCGACAGACGGAAGAAGCUGUUGAAGUAUCUCCGGCGAACACGCUAUGAGGUGUUUGAGAAUGUGUGCACCCAGCUAGGCAUUCAGUACACCUUCCCCCCAGAAUAUUACAGGAAGGUGACACAGCGAUGGGCUGCCAAAAAAGCUUUGUGCAUAAGGGUGUUCCAGGAGGUACAGAAACUGCGUGCUGCUGAACGGCAGAAGCAGAAAGCAGCAGUUGAAGAGAAAGCCCAGUCCAUCAAUAAGGAAGUUAAUGAAGGUACACCAGUGUGAACAAAAGAGUGUGUAAAGCAAAUACUACAGGACUGGUUUUGUGUUGGACACAGUAACUGUAUUUUAACAGAAGACGAUGGAUGUUCAGUGUCAGAUUAAUAAAUAUUUAUAUCUUUAAA